AUGGGGACCGACCGCAUGCCUCCUGUGCGGGCCAAACAUGUGAUCAAAAUUGGAGCCAUCCGAUCUGCACAUCUGGCAUUAACGGCCCAGCUUCAAAUUGCUCUCAUGGACCCAUUAAUGAUUUUCUACGAAACGCUGUAUAAGCAAAUUCCACAUAGCGAAAUGGCACAGUUCUGGAUGAUGGAAUGUGGUUUGCUUUCAAAAGAGGAGGCGAAGAAAGCCUUUGAGAAGAAGCAGAAGAAGAGUCAGCAGCAAAGGCUGGUAUCCCCAACAAAAUCUGCAAUUGCUGUUAAGAGCACCAAGUCUGCUACUGUUAGGAGUACAACAUCAUCCUCCCCAAAUUCUUCCAAUAAAAAGACCAAAACAGAAUCCAAAACUGGUUCUAAGCAGAUUAGAAAGCGGAAGAUUGAAGAUGAAAGCUCCAACGAUGAUUCUGAUGAUGACUUUGUGGCCAACAGACUCAUGAAAAAAAAGAGAGCAGCCUAAUUUAUAAUGUUUCUCAUCAAUUCAAAAUUCAUUUGCUAUUUGAAAAUCAUGAUUUAGCUUAUUAGUUGUUGUUGUUGCCAACAUUGCCUUUAUUAUUAGUUCUAUGAUUUAAGCAAUGGAAACUUUUCACCUAACGAUUUUUAUUGUCAACUCACAUUUGAGACCUUGGAUUAUUAAUUAA